AUGAUGGCGGUGCCGUGCACGCACGCACGAGCGCGAGGCUGGCACGGCUGGCUAACGAGAAAGAAGCCACGCUCCUCCGUAUCCACACGGGUUGGAGACUGGCAAGAGAGCCCUUCUCUUUUUUUUGUCCCCUUAGGCGGCACGGCGGGCUUGUCCUGUCAGGCACGCGCCGCCCGGCAGCCAGCCUUUAGUGCCCGACGGCUUCGCGGCGAGGAUGGGAACCACGGAUCACUCGAACUGUUAUGGACGGGAUGGGCAGUCAAGUGUCUAGGUAGUGUGGGCUUUUGGCUUCACUACCGUACCGUGGGAGUCUGGACCCUAACGCGCGAACUGGACCGGUCCAUCCGUUCCCAAUCCAACCCAAAUUCGUUACAAUGA